CCCUCCUCCUCUUCCCCCGCAAUAAAAUCCCACCUCCUCCAAUCCACAGCCUCGUCGAUCCACUUCAAAAUUCGGAGGGAGGAAUCCAAAUCGAAUCGAAUCGAAUCGAAGAAGCUUGGGGGGAUAUUCUUGAUUUGAUUUGUUGUUGGAAGAGAAGCAAAUCCAAUGGCGAUUGCAUCGGGGGCGGCUUUCUCGGUGAGGCCUUCGCCGGCGGCGGCGAGGCCGUGCGUCGCGGCGUCCGCGUCGGCCGCCGGCGCGGCGAGGUUCCGCGGCGACGGGAGCGGUGGCGGAGGCGGAGGCGGAGGCGGCGGGAAGUGGUGGGCGCCGCUGCUGGGGUGGUCGGGGCAGCCCGACUACAUCGACGCGCAGCCGGCGGCGCGGGAGGAGGCGCGGCCGAAUCCGAUGGCGGCGGCGGAGCAGCGUGGCGGCGGCGGGAAGAGGUUCGGCGUGCUGACGGAGGAGAAGGCGCGGCAGCUGCGCGCACGGAUGAUGGAGACGGAGAGCUUCCACGACUGCAUGUACCACUCCGCCAUCGCCUCCCGCCUCGCCUCCGCCGCCCCCGCCGACGACGGCAAGCACUGAGCCGCCGCCGCCAUCCAUGGCUCCCCGCCUCUGCCCAUACCGCGCCGCCAUCCAACGCCGAUGAUGAUGAUGAUGUUGUUGUGUCGUUUUGGUAUCAAUAACGUCGCCGCCGCCGACGCCGUCAAUGGCCGGAGAAGUAUUAGUAUGAGGCCUCGACGGCGGCGUGCUUGUCGGAUUGAUUCCAUGGAGAUGGGAUGAUUUCAUCCUAAUAUCUCCAUUUCUGUAACUCAUAGUAUAGCAGCUAAUGCAUCUAAACGUUGUUGUAACAAGAAAUUUAAUCUGGUUUCUUCAACCAUGGCUUCUUCUGUACUAUACAUCACAAUCACUCUGAAAUUUUCAGAAAUUUCAGUGUUCAUUUUUUAUCUCUGAAA